CUUUGUAGUCCUUUCUUUUGUGCCUCACCUUCUUCGUGGGGGUUUCGAUCUCCAUGGAUCCGCCACAGGGGUCGCCGCAGUCGUCGCCGGACGCGCAAGGCUCGCGGCAGCGGCCGAUGGAUGCGUCGCAGGGUCUUCGGCAGCCGCUGAUGGACAUACCGCAAGGUUCGCGACAGCCGCGGCAGCAGCAGUAUCAGCCGAGGAGGCCAGACCCUCCGUCCGGUGGCGAUAGCAUCUUCAACGCAGUGGUUACGAUUUUCUUGUUCGUGUUGGUAGUGGUAUUGUUGGUAUCAUCAUCAACAACAGGCUCAAGUCUCUCCAUCUUGCAUCAAGUUCCUGAAGGUCACGUUGGGGUAUAUUGGAGGGGUGGUGCCCUUUUAGAGGCAACUACUGAUCCAGGUUUUCAUUGGAAGUUGCCAUUGAUUACCCAGUUUGAACCCAUACAAGUGACUAUUCAAACUGAUCAGGUUAGAGACAUUCCAUGUGGUACCAAAGGUGGUGUUAUGAUCAGCUUUGAUAAGAUAGAGGUCGUCAAUCGGCUUCGUAAAAGUUUCGUGUAUCAGACUUUGCAUGAAUAUGGCGUUUAUUAUGACAAGACAUGGAUAUAUGAUAAGAUUCAUCAUGAGAUAAAUCAGUUUUGCAGUGCUCAUUCUCUGCAGCAAGUUUAUAUUGACAUGUUUGAUCAGAUUGAUGAAAAAGUGAAAGAUUCCAUUCAAGCCGACUGUACACGUUAUGCUCCUGGUAUUGAGAUCAUUAGUGUUCGUGUUACAAAACCAAACAUCCCUGUGAGCAUUAAACGGAAUUUUGAACUGAUGGAGGAGGAACGCACUAAGGCACUGAUAGCCAUAGAGAAACAGAAGGUUGCAGAGAAGGAGGCCGAGACUCAGAAAAAGAUAGCAUUAUCAGAAGCAGAGAAGAUUGCACAGGUCAGCCAGAUUCAAAUGGAACAGAAGCUAAUGGAAAAGAACAGUGCAAAGAGGCAGGAGGAAAUCGAGAAUGAGAUGUACAUUGCACGUGAAAAGAGCCAAGCAGAUGCUAACUUUUACAGAGUGAUGAAGGAAGCUGAAGCCAAUAGAUUGAAGCUCACACCUGAAUUUCUUGAGCUCAAAUUCAUUGAAGCCAUUGCAAAUAAUUCAAAAAUUUUCUUCGGGGAGAAGGUACCCAAUAUGGUAAUGGAUCAGAGACUAUUGGGCAACUAUCUCGAUGGCAUUUCAAAGAAAGGUCGAGGGGAUGUAUAGAAAAAUAUGGUGGAACACAUCUGCCAUUUCAUACAGUGGGAUAAUAUGAUAUGGACUUCAGAGUUAGAAUCUCAUAAUUUUCAUGCUUGGAGCACCUACUUUUGGCCUCUCUUUUGUAGUUCAUUUCUUUUAUUCCAUAGUGGACUUGGUUAGACUGCGGUUGUAAAUGAUUGUUAAUAUUUUUGCCUUACUUUUUCCGGCAUAUGCACCGUUUCUGUUUCAUGCAAGAAAAUAUGUUGGCAUCCUUCGCGUUGA